GCUGCGCGUCGGUGGCAGUGGCGCGCCGCGCUCAUGGCAGGCAACAUCGUCGCCGAGUGGCUGCGCUCGCUGCGACUCGGACAGUACGCAGAGUCGUUCCUCGACAACGGCUAUGACGACCUGGAGAUUUGCAAACAGGUCGGCGACCCCGACCUGGACGCCAUUGGCGUCCUCGACCCCACGCACCGCGCGCUGCUGCUGCACUCGGUGCGCACGCUGCGCGAGCAGGGCGCCGCGUCCGUCUACUUCACGCUCGAGGAGACGACUGCGGCCGCCGCCGCCGCGCUCGCCUCCGCGUCCUCCACGCCGCCCCCGCAGCCCCCGUCAGCCUCGACACCGCCCCCUCCGGCGCCGCAACAACAGCAACAACCACCGCAGCAGCAACAACAACAGCAGCAGUCACAACAACAGACGCUGGUGGCGUCUUUCGACGACAUUAAGGAGGCGCCGCUGUCUGGUCAGCAGACGCGCGGCCUGCUGGGUCCCAAGUACGCCGACGAGUACGAGGAGGGCAAGGCGGAGCUGGUGAAGAUCCCGCGGAUGCAACUGAAGCGGCUGCUGAAGGACCGCGUGGCGCAGGACGGCAUCAGGCUCAGCAAUCAGCCGUACUCCACUUCGCAAGUAGUAAUGAGUUACAAGAAGUCAAAAGAAACAGUGAGCAGCCAGACCAUGACUACGUGGAUAGCUCAUUUUCUUUAUUCAAGUAAGUACUUUUUGCUUCAGUGA